AUGGCCCCUGCUGGAAAGAAUUAUAUACCUCCAGGUCGCCCCGGCUCUCCUGGUCCUUUGGCUACUGAUUUCAUCCAACAACAAGUCGCGAAACAACGCAACAAUAACUACCACUCGACCUCACUCAGAAACAUGGUUGCCACAUCAGUGAAUCGUACUGCCCUCCACCCUGGUGGUGUCCAGCCUGGCAAGGGUCACACCGAGCUGGAGGAGGAGCUGCACGAGACUGCACACAUCGACUAUGACCGAGUCGCCAUUAUUGCCAAUCCCUCGGUUCCCGCUCUCUACGAAGAUGCUCUGGUCUACGAGACCGGUACUGCCAUCACCUCAAGUGGUGCCCUCAGCGCAUACUCUGGUGCAAAGACUGGUCGCUCGCCCUCCGAUAAGCGUAUUGUCCAGGAAGAAUCCUCAGAAAGUCAAGUCUGGUGGGGACCAGUCAACAAGCCCAUGACUCCUGAUGUGUGGCGCAUCAACCGUGAGCGCGCAGUAGACUACCUGAACACCCGCAACCGCAUCUAUGUCGUCGAUGGCUUUGCUGGCUGGGAUGAGCGCUACCGCAUUCGUGUGCGUGUUGUCUGUGCCCGUGCCUACCAUGCCCUGUUCAUGCGCAACAUGCUCAUCCGGCCCACGCGGGAGGAGCUCGACCACUUCCACCCCGACUAUGUCAUCUACAACGCCGGUUCGUUCCCGGCCAACCGCUUCACGGAGGGUAUGACCUCAGCCACCUCGGUGGCCAUCAACUUUGCCGAGCACGAGAUGGUGAUUCUGGGUACCGAGUACGCCGGUGAGAUGAAGAAGGGUGUCUUCACCGUCCUCUUCUACGAGAUGCCCGUCAAGCACAAUGUCUUGACCCUGCACUCUUCGGCCAACGAGGGCCAGAACGGCGAUGUGACUGUCUUCUUUGGUCUGUCGGGUACCGGCAAGACCACUCUGUCCGCCGACCCAAAGCGGGCUCUGAUUGGUGACGACGAGCACUGCUGGACUGACCGUGGUGUCUUCAACAUUGAGGGUGGCUGCUAUGCCAAGUGCAUUGGCCUCUCGGCUGAGAAGGAGCCUGAUAUUUUCAAUGCCAUCCGCUUCGGAUCCGUGCUGGAGAACGUCGUCUUCGACCCGAUCAGCCGUUCGGUCAACUACGACGACUCUACCCUCACUGAGAACACUCGCUGUGCCUACCCGAUUGAGUACAUUGAGAACGCCAAGAUCCCCUGCAAGAGCGACAACCACCCGACCAACAUCAUCUUGUUGACCUGCGACGCCCGCGGUGUGCUGCCGCCCAUCUCCAAGCUCACCACCGAGCAGACCAUGUUCCACUUCAUCUCGGGUUACACCUCGAAGAUGGCCGGUACCGAGGACGGUGUCACCGAGCCCCAGGCCACGUUCUCGUCAUGCUUCGCCCAGCCCUUCCUGGCACUGCACCCGAUGCGCUACGCCAGCAUGUUGGCCGACAAGAUCAAGGAGCACAAGGCCAACGCCUGGCUGCUCAACACCGGCUGGGUCGGCGCCGGCGCCACCACCGGUGGCAAGCGCUGCCCGCUCAAGUACACUCGUGCCAUCCUCGACGCCAUCCACAGCGGCGAGCUCGCCCAGGCCGAGUACGAGACCUACGAUGUCUUCAACCUACAUGUCCCCAAGGCCUGCCCCGGCGUUCCCGGAGAGCUCCUCAACCCCAAGAACAGCUGGACCGCCACCACUUCCUUCAAGGAUGAGGUUAGCAAACUGGGUACCCUCUUCAACGAGAACUUCAAGAAGUACUCUGACCAGGCUACGCCUGAGGUCAUUGCUGCCGGUCCCCAGCUGUAA